CUUUUUAACUACGCAAUCAGUUAACAAAUUAUUUUACUUAAAUUUAUAAAAUGGAUCCACCAGAUAUUGAAUCUGUAUUAAAGGAUUGGGAAGAUUUAUCCGUUGAAUAUAAAGAUUUAGAAAUAUUAAAUCGACAAUAUCAAGAAAAAUUAGAAGAAAUAUCAGAGCUUCAAGAAAAAUGUUUAAAAGGGAUCAGUCAUCAAAAAUAUCGUAUCGGAAUUAUUAAACAAGCAUCGAAAAAGUUGCGAAAAGGUUUAGAUAAAGAACUAGUUGAAAGGCUAGAUACUGUUGAAAAAGAGGAGGAACAACGAUUAGCCCAAUUAUAUGAAAUGGAACAGAUUUUACCUAAACAAAAUGGAAGAUAUUUAAAAAUUAUUUUGGGAAAUGUAAAUGUAUCCAUCUUAAAUAAGAAUGAUAAAUUCAAGUAUAAAGAUGAAUAUGAAAAAUUUAAAUUGGUUCUUAGUGGUAUUGGAUUCCUGAUGUCGGUUUUAAAUUUAAUUCUUAAUUACAGGGCAGUUGAAUUGGCAUUUAUAUUUUUAUUGGUUUGGUAUUAUUGUACAUUAACAAUUCGAGAAAGUAUUUUAAAAGUGAAUGGAUCUAGAAUUAAAGGUUGGUGGCGAUUGCAUCAUUUUAUUUCAACAGCAGCGGCUGGAAUUUUAUUAAUUUGGCCAGAUACAACAGCAUGGCAAUUGUUUAGAACACAAUUUAUGUGGUUUAAUGCAUAUAUUAGUUUUGUUCAAUAUCUUCAAUUUGUAUAUCAACAAGGAGUUUUAUAUCGAUUAAAAGCUCUUGGUGAAAGACAUAACAUGGAUAUCACCAUUGAAGGUUUUCAUUCGUGGAUGUGGCGUGGUUUAAGUUUUCUUUUACCAACUCUAUUUAUUGGUUACUUUUUCCAAUUAUACAAUGCUUAUACAUUAUAUAAACUGAGUUAUCAUCCAACGGCAACGUGGCAUGUUCCUGUUCUUGCUGUAAUGUUUUUCAUAAUAUUUUGGGGUAAUAUAAGAACUACUGGUAUAGUUGUAUUCCAAAAAUUGGAUUCAAAAGAUCGUGCUAAAUUACAAUACAGAGUUAUGGGACAAAGAGAUAGUAGUGCGUCCAAAAAUCAGGAAGAAAAACCCAAGAAAACAAAUUGAAUGAAUGGAAUAUUUAUUAUUUAUCAGUGAAUCGGUGGCAUUUAUCACAGUAUAUAAUAUAUACAUACACAUAUUAUAUUGGAUGAGAUGUACGUACACAUAUUAUGUAUGACUUUGAUCAUUUUACGUAUUAGAUUUAUUAUUAUUAUUAUUAUUAUUAUAUUAUUGUCUGUAUAUAA